AGCCAGUGGCAGCAGGGUGGUUUCUGGUCCCUGAGUCACGGAGCUCGGCAGGCAGCUCUGGACAGAUCGAUGCAAGCCAAACGAUGACCAGUUGUGGCCAGCUGUCCCUGAACGUGCUCGCCGUCCUCUGCUCGUUGCUGUUUUCCGCAGUCUUGUCUGCACAUUUCCGGGUCUGCGAGCCGUACACGGACUACAAGGGCCGCUACCACUUCGGCUUCCACUGCCCGCGGCUCUCGGACAACAAGACCUUCCUCCUCUGUUGCCACCAUAACAACACGGUCUUCAAAUACUGCUGCAACGAGACGGAGUUCCAGGCGGUGAUGCAGGCGAAUCUCACGGCCAGCUCCGAGGGCUACGUGCACAACAACUACACCGCCCUGCUGGGAGUGUGGAUCUAUGGCUUCUUCGUGUUGCUGCUGCUGCUCCUGGACCUUUUGUAUUACUCGGCAAUGAACUACGACAUUUGCAAGGUCUACCUGGCGCGCUGGGGCAUCCGCGGGCGGUGGAUGGAACGGGACCCCCGGCGGUGGGGGAACCCCGCACGGGCCCCUCGGCCGCAGCUGCCCCUGGGCCCCCUGCCGCCAGCCCCCCAGGCCACCUGUGCGUCGCCGCGGGGAGACACCCACAGCCCACCGCUGAUGACCUUCCAGAGUUCGUCCGCCUGAAAACCCUUUUGCUGUGCCUCAGGAUUGGGGAGGUGAGAUCCGAAGCACCCGGCGCAGCCUCCGAGAGGAACAACUUCUACAGAGAUGCCAGGGAGAACCGAGGCAGCCGCGGCGGUGGCAGGGGAGGAAAUGCUGCCUGUGCCCAGAACCCCCUUCCACGGACUUCUGAGAUUAGGAGCAAACUCAGGGGUAGGGGCUGGGGUGCAGGGGAGGGGAUUCUGAGCCACCCGUCUGCAAGCAAUAGUCCUACUUUGGGCCGGUGGCUUCUGAGAGGUGGCGACCAACACCAAGCUGCUCUGGCUGGCUCAAGCCAGAAGGAUUCAGGCCUGUGAGUCACGCCUGUGGUCUAAAACCCCCAACUUCCCUUGCCUCCACUCCCUCCAAUUGUGGCCCCUUGGGCCUAUUUGUGUCCGAAUAUUGAAUGUGCGUGUGUAUGCGUGUGUGAUUUGGGGUGCUCAUGUCUGUUUGUUUGCUUGAUAAGUUGGUUUUGAUUGGGGUUCCCCCCUCACGUUCUCUGAUGAGCACACGACCCCAUGUGUUGGGGGUUCUCAUCAGUGUUAGUGUCUGGGGCUCAGGCUUCUUGCUGCAGCCAGCAGCUGUGCACCAGGGAGUCGGCCAAGCACAGGGUACAGCCCCUCUGCAUCUCAGGAGGCCCUGAGGAUUUGAAAGUGCCAGUCAGGGAUGGUUCUUAUGGAAUCCGCUCCUGUAAUAAUAGUAAUCCUAAGGGAUCAUCUGGGGCCUACCGCAGGGCAGGCAUCAGGUCAGGUGUUUUUGUGCACAAUGUCUCUCACCACCAGGGAGAUGGGCGUGAUCGACCCCUCCAGAAACAGCUCAGCCUGGAGAAGGGGUGCCCGGUCCCAUGGCCAGGAGGAGACCAGCCCUUUGGCUUGACCUCAGGGGUACAGGAGCCCAAAGUCCAGGCUCCAGUUCCCUGGACGUGACAGGCUUCCCAGCCCAGGGCACGCCCAGCACAAACCCGGAGCGCCUCCCCAAGUUCCCCGCCAUUACUGCUGGAGCCCCUGUCCACUCAGCACAUUCUGGUUAAGCACCGACUGCAUGCCAGGCUCCGUGCUGGGCAGUGACAGGGACAAGCGAUGAGCCCGACCUCAUCUGUGCCCCUGGAGAGCUCCCAACUGGAGGGAGAGACAGACACAUGGCUCUCUGCUGGAAAGUAUGACGAGGCCUACAGAAACCCAGAGGAGAGGGUCUAGAAAUCCAUCCUUAUAAGGUGGGACUUCCAUGUAAACCUGGAUGCCCAUAACAUCCACCCACAGAGCUCACCACCUCCACCACCUGCCCCGUUGCCCGGGGUGCACACAUGGGAAGAUGUCACCUCCAUGAUCACAUAGGCCCCCAAAGGCCACACUGCCAGUGUAGACCCCCUCAUUCCACCAGUGUUAGUGACACCAAAAUCUCCCCUAGCUCUUAGCUUGAGGGGCUCUGCUCAGUAAACACUCGUCCCCUCUGAUCCUGUGUCCUCAUUUCAUCGGACCCAGUGUUCUCACAUACUGUCCAUCUGCCCACCAGACAUGACAGAGAGCAAGACAGGUCCCUGCUUGCGGUGCUGGCUUCCCGACUGGGGCAGGACAGUGAAGAAGGAUGGCAAAGUGGUGAGCACUCUGCCAAGAAUUCUGUCAACGUGACACGUUAGUGAGGGCCUUGUGGGCCUGGCGUGGCCUGGAAGAGCCUUUCUGAGCAAGGGACAUGUAAGCCCAGAGAUGAAUGGCAUACGGGAGCCAGCCAUGGGCAUAAAAGCCAGGGAAGAAGCAUUCCAGGCGGGAAAAAAACAGCGAGUGCAAAGGCCCAGAGACAGCAACAGGCUUGGUGGUUUCAAGGAGCCCCAAGAAAGCCAGGGUGGCUGGGACCCAGAGCUGGUGCAGAGGGACACGAGGGUGAGAGUAUCCAGGCCCUGGCUUCACUGUGAGUCACCGUCAUGCUGCACAAACACAAUGCCCCAUCUUGGAUAAAGCAGAACAAGCUUCCUGGGACGUAACUU